UUUCGCACCCUUAUUUCUAUUCAAAUUCCACUUUCUUCCUUGGAGUCCCCUUCCCAAACCAUUCACAAAUCAUCGAUUUGGUCUCCGAAAUCUCAUCUCCGAUCACAAAUCAUCGCCGGAGAGAGACCUCAAUCAACUCUGGUCGACAAGCUCUGAUCAAAACAUGCAAUAAAAUGAGAGAAAGAGAAACAACUUCAACAACUCAUUAUUAUCAUCGUCUUUUCUCUCAUCAUGGCCGUGUUACCCAAAUCUCUCUCUCCAAAACGACUCCUCAAACUCCUCAAAGCAGAGAAGAACCCCAACUUAGCUCUCUCCCUCUUCGACUCCGCCACUCGCCACCCAAAUUACGCCCAUUCCGCCGCCGUCUUCCACCACAUCCUCCGCCAGCUCCUCCACCCAAGACUCGUCUCUCACGUCAACCGAAUCGUCGAACUCAUUCGAACCCAGAAGUGCAAGUGCUCCGAAGACGUUGCAUUGACGGUUAUCAAGGCCUAUUCCAAGAACUCUAUGGUUGAUCAAGCGUUGGUUGUUUUUCAGCGAAUGAGCGAGAUUUUUGGGUGCGAACCGGGUAUAAGGUCGUACAAUUCUUUGCUCAAUGCUUUUGUUGUUUCGAAUCGGUUGGAUAGAGCGGAGUUGUUUUUCAAGUUCUUUGAAACAAUGGGUUUGUCUCCGAAUUUGGAGACUUACAAUAUUUUGAUCAAAAUUUCGUGUAAGAAGAAGCGAUUUGAUAAGGCAAAAGAGUUGUUGGGUUGGAUGUGGAAUCAGGGUUUGAGUCCUGGUGUGGUUAGUUAUGGUACUGUGAUCAAUGGGCUUGCGAAGAGUGGGGAUUUAUCGAAUGCCUUGAACCUGUUCGAAGAAAUGUUUGAAAGAGGUGUGACUCCCGAUGUGAUGUGUUAUAAUAUUUUGAUUGAUGGGUUUUUUAAGAAAGGUGAUUCUGUUGGGGCUAAUGAGAUUUGGGAGAGGUUGAUAAAGGAGUCAUCUGUUUAUCCAAAUGUUGUAUCUUACAAUGUUAUGAUCAGUGGUUUGUGCAAGUGCGGGAAGUUCAAUGAGAGUCUGGAGUUUUGGCAGCGACUGAAGAAAAACGAUCGACAACAAGAUUUGUUUACUUAUAGUAGUCUGAUACAUGGGUUAUGCAAGUCUGGAAAUGUUGAUGGGGCUUCAAGAGUAUACACAGAAAUGGUUGAGAGUGGGGUGUCUCCGGAUGUUGUGACGUAUAAUGCAUUGCUUAAUGGGUAUUGUCAAGCCGCAAUGAUUAAAGAGUGUUUUGACUUGUGGGAUUUAAUGGGUAAGGAGGGUCAAUGUAAUGUUGUGAGUUUCAACAUAUUCAUCAGAGGAUUGUUUGAGAAUGGUAAGGUGGACGAAGCAAUUUCUCUUUGGGAACGCUUGUCCGAGAAAGAUUUUCUUGCAGAUUCCACAACGUACGGUGUUCUGAUUCAUGGAUUGUGCAAUAAUGGCUACUUGAACAAGGCUUUACGUGUCCUAAAAGAGGCAGAAGAUAAAGGAGAUAUGUUGAAUGUUUUUGCAUAUUCGUCCAUGAUCAAUGGGUUAUGUAGAGAAGGGAGGUUGGAUGAAGCAGUUUGCAUGCUUGACCAAAUGACGAAGAAUAGCUGUAAGCCAAAUCCCCAUGUUUGCAAUGCACUGCUCAAUGGCUUGAUUCGAGCUUCUAAAAUUGAAGCUGCAAUUCAGUUUUUCAGUGAAAUGAUCACAAAAGAUUGCUCCCCAACUGUUGUCACCUACAACACUCUCAUUAAUGGGUUAUGCAAAGCAGAAAGAUAUGGCGAAGCCUAUCACUUUGUGAAGGAAAUGCUGGAAAAAGGAUGGAAGGCGGACAUGAUCACAUACAGCUUGUUGAUGGAUGGUCUUUGUCAGAGCAAGAAGGUUGACAUGGCCAUCAAUUUGUGGUUUCAAGUGCUCAGUCAAGGUUUGAAGCCUGAUGUGACGAUGCACAAUAUCAUGAUUCAUGGGCUAUGCUCUGCAGGCAAAGUGGAAGAUGCUUUGCGCUUAUAUUCGAAGAUGGUGAAACAACACAGUGUUCCGAAUCUUGUGACCCACAAUACCGUCAUGGGGGGGCUUUACAAAGCCCGAGAAUGCAAAAAGGCAUCAACUAUUUGGGCUCGCAUUUUAGUAGAAGGGAUACAACCAGAUAUCAUUUCCUAUAAUAUUACUCUGAAGGGGCUUUGUUCUUGCAACAGAAUAUCAGAUGCCAUUGGGUUCUUAAAUGAUGCUUUGGGUAGGGGAAUUCUCCCUACUGUCAUUACAUGGAACAUACUUGUCAGAGCUGUGCUUAAUAAUAGAGCUCUGACAUGACCAUUGCAUUAGAAGUCUUGGAAUUUCCAUUAGGUGUUUAAAAUUGUUCAACACCACUUUGGGAGAAAAGACUUGCUGGAACUGUGUUCUCUCAGCCCAAUUGUUGCAGGUUCUAAAUUACCUCUCUGGCAUUGAUGCCAAUGCAUUAUUGGAUGUUGAGCAAUUACCCAAUGUGCAUGAGCCAGAGAUGCGUACAUUUAGGAGAACAUACAUGUUAGAGGUGGUUGGUUCGAUAUUCCUAGCGUUUGUUCUAUAUUUUGAGUGAAGACUUGUCCAAAUCAGCUAGUUGGCAAAUGAUGAGUUGAGAAAGCAAACCCACCAAAAUCACUCCAAGAAUCUCAACCUUUUGCCAUCCAGAUGAAGAAAUCACAGAAUCAGCAAUCCCGAUGAAGAGCAAGCUGAUCAAUGCAAGAUGAUUUGAGAAAGAAAACCCACCAAAGUCAGCCCCCGAGUCGCAACUUUUUUUCAUCUAGAUGAUGAGGAGAUGAAGGAAUCAGUAAUGCCAAUGACAAGUAAGCCAAUCAAUCCUAGGUAAAUAUUCCACGGCACCGUCUAUAGUUAUCUCCCUAGUCUUUCCAUUUUUUUCUCCUUUCUUUUGUUUUCAACACAAUGAUGUAUAUAAAAAAAAAGGGUCAAUUGUAAAGCAUCACACAGUAACUUAGUUACAUGGGUUUUGAUGAUUAAGAGAUAAUCAUCAAAAAUAGAUGAUGAUGCAAAAGCAACGGUGCCUGAUGUAUUAGCCUUAAGUGGUAAGAUCACACCUGGGGUUAUAUCUCAUGCUAUAUUCACAUGUGUCGAAUAAUGCUGCAGAAUAAUUAAUUAGACCAAGGAUCUUAUCAUAUAUAUAUAUAUGAAAUUGAGGAAAGAAAAGACUUCACUCUUUCUUGUCCUCAGGUUUUUCUUUUUCUGUUCCUUCUGAAAAUAUCCUCUGUUUGUAGAUGAGUUGAGAAAGCAAACCCACCAAAAUCACCACAAGAAUUGCAACCUUUUGCCAUUCAGAUGAAGAGAUCAGGGAAUCAGCAAUCCUGAUGACGAGGAGCCAGCCAAUCAAAGCAAGGCAAAUAUUCCGCCUGGUCUUUGAUCUGGCACUGUCUAUAGUAAUCUCCCUAAUCUUCUCGAUUUUAGUCUAUCACUGAUUAGAGAAUUGAUGAUGUAAAAGCUUCGAUCUUUCUUUUUGUUUUCAACAGAGUGAUAUAUUAAAAGUCAAUUGUAAUUUGUAAAGCAUCACACAGUAACUUAGUUACGUGAGUUUUGGUGAUUUAGAGAUAAUCACCAAAAAUAGAUGAUGAUGCAAAAGCAAAGUUGCCUG